CCACCGGUGACCAUGUGACUUGUAGCGUCAUGGAUGAAGUCACGUCCAAUGCGGAAGUUAAUGCUAACUGAGCAGUCGCCAACCAUUCGAAUAGAAACCGACUCUUUCUCAGCGUCUCAAGAGGAACUUACAUUGCUCCAUCAUGCUUGGUGGAGGGUUUAAAUCCGAAAGACUUCGUGUCAAUCUCAGGCUGGUCAUAAACCGCCUCAAACUUCUUGAGAAGAAGAAAACUGAAUUAGCCCAGAAGGCUCGCAAGGAGAUCGCAGACUACUUGUCAGCAGGCAAAGAUGAGCGUGCGAGAAUCAGAGUCGAGCACAUCAUCAGGGAGGAUUAUUUGGUGGAGGCUAUGGAGAUCCUGGAGUUAUAUUGUGAUUUGCUGCUCACCCGCUUUGGCUUAAUACAGUCCAUGAAAGAACUGGACCCUGGCCUACAAGAAGCAGUAUCCACACUCAUCUGGGCUGCCCCUCGACUGCAAUCAGAAGUGGCAGAACUGAAGAUUGUUUCAGAUCAGCUGUGUGCCAAAUACAGCAAAGAGUAUGGAAAGCUAUGUAGGACAAACCAGAUUGGAACAGUUAAUGAUAGGCUUAUGCACAAACUGAGCGUGGAGGCCCCUCCCAAGAUUUUGGUGGAGCGUUACCUCAUUGAAAUCGCCAAAAACUACAACGUUCCCUAUGAACCUGAUGCCAUGGUUCGGCCAGAGGUAUAUCCAGGUGAAGAGGCAGAUCUGAUCGAUGUGGACAGCGACUUCAAGAAGCCAGGAGCUGGCGGAGGGGGUGGAGGAGGGUUCACUGCUCCCGCUGUAGGCAUGCCUAUGCCCAUGCCAAUGCCCAUGCCCAUGCCCACAGCUUUCAACUACCCAUCGCCCAAAGGAGCUGAGCCCUUUAAUGGUCCUGUUGGCACCUUUGAUUGCUUUAGCAACUUCCAGCCUCCAGUGAGAGGAGGGCAGCCCCCACAGCUUCCCAGCUGCCCACCCACCUAUGAAUCUAUCGAUGAGUUGUCUGUCAAACCCUCUAAUCCUUCCCAGGUCAUCCCAGGCCCAGCCCCGUCUGCUCAGAUCUAUGACAACUCUACCCUUCCUGAACUUCCAUCUGUUCCCGACACACUCCCAGCCUCCUCCUUCGGAGCGAACGCCAACACAUCUGAUGACAUUGACUUUGACGACCUGUCACGACGCUUUGAAGAACUCAAGAAGAAGACCUAAUUACAGAGAGCACAUCUGGGAGUCGGAACAUCUGUCUCAGCUGCCACACAAGAAUGAUUCAAUGUACCCUGUCCAUAUUCACAUACUCGCAGGUCUUCUGGUGGAGGUGUAAUAUAAUAUUUGUUACUUAACACAAUGAAGGAUCGGAUGCUGUAUAGACACUUGUGAAUGGCAGUGGCAGAAAUGUAUAUGCUCAUUUUAGACUUUUACAUAACAUGGACUGUUGACAAAUCGCCUACCCUUUGAAUGAGCACUUUGCUUAGAGGGCCUUGCUGACAGCUAAAACUAGUUAAUCAUCUGUAGUUUAAUCUCUGCGCCAUGUGUGACCACCUGAGAAAUCUCUCGAUUAUAAGAUUAUAAUUCUGUCAUGGUUGUUAACUUUCCCCCUUUUUAGAGAGCAAUGUCUCUCUGACUCCUCUAGGAAAAAGCAGGUAUAACCUGUCGCCAUUAUUUACACCCAGAGUUGCGCAAUGAACUCUUUUGAAUGUCUAUGAACCUGCAAAAGACUGUAUGAUGCCAUGGGUUGUUAGUGGAUCACAAUGUUUGUGCAAAGUGACUCAGCUUUUUGUUAUUGGCAGAAUGCAUAUAGACGGGGUGCUCUGGUGUUCUCAAAUGAACACCAAAGGUUGCUUGUUUCUGGUGACCUGAGCGCCGAAUUGAAGAGAUUCAGCCUCACAAUUAAUAAACCAUCUCUGUGUCCUGAAGUUAGGCAUUUUACUUUCUAGAUUGUAGUUUCACCCAGCAGCCAUCUUAAUUUGACUCAAAAGGAAAGGCUUUGUAUUUUGUCUACAGUUGAUAACACUCCUAUUUCUAAUCUUGUCUGUGCGUUUCUGGACUGAAUUUGCCUUCGUUUCCACAUCUCAAGCUGUGGCCUUGCUGUUCCACACCUUUCUCUGGGAAAUGUGACUUUCCUUGACAGCUUGUACCAUGAACUCCACAUCUGAAUAAGUAUUUACAUGCUAAUUCUUUUCUUUGGUGGGGGAUUUUACCAUAUAUCAUUUACGUAUUUGUUGUAAGAAUUGACUGUUUAAAGUGUCAUUGUCUCAAGUUUUGAAAGCAUUGUUUUGGCUGACUUUAUAACACUAAUUUGUGUUUUCUCCCUCAUAUAACCCAAAUACAAAUCUGGCAAUGUUUAGGUAUGUUUGAUACUGAUUUUAGCUUGCUUUGAAAACAUAUCUGAUGCCAUGUAAUAAAGUCUAUUUGCUCAUAA